AUGGCUGGCAAGAAGGAGGCUCCCAAAAAGGAGGCCAAAGGGAAGAGGGACAACGGGAAAGGGAAGGCUGGAAAGAAGGGCAAGAAGGAGGAUCCCAGCGAGUCAGAGGAUGCCUCAGAUGCAGAGCUGCUGAAGGAAGAGGAGACCGAGGAGACAGAGGUGGUGGAGGAGGAGAAGCAUGAGGAGGAGGAAGCUGCAGAGGACCCCAAGAAGGGGAAGGGGAAGGGGAAAGAGAAGGAGAAGGGGAAGGAGAAGAAGGCAUUGCCCAAGGCGGGGGUGGCAAUGAAGAUAGGCCGGGGAAAGAAGGUGCAGCUGGAGACGCAGGAGGAGGAGGAGGAGGAGAGUGAUGCCACGACGUCCAAGAAGAACCUGAAGGGCACCUCCAAGAUGAUGAUGGGGCUGGCGGCUGACAAGAAGAAGAAAGGGGCCAAGGGUGCGGAGGCCAAGGCCCAACCCAAAGAGUCCGCGGAACCCGGCCUGGCCAAGGAGGAGGAGGCAGCAGCGCCAAAGACCCGGGCGAAGCGGAGCCUCCGCAGCACUUCAAAGCUCUUCAUGGGCUUCAAGAAGCUGGGGUUGCAUCGGCCCAAGAAGGGGCAGUUCAAGAACACAUCCCGCUUCUUCUGGGGGCUGCAUAAGCAAAGCACCAAGAAGAGGAAGAAGAAGAAGAACAAGGCAGUACUCAAGUCCACCUCCAACCUGAUGAUGCGCUUCAAGCACGUGGGCAAGAAGAGGAAGGAGGAGGAGGCCAAGAAGGAGGCGCCAUCGAAGCCGUCGUUCCUGCUGCUGCGACGGGGCGGGCAGGCUGCCGAGGACGGCGCGCUGCUCUUCCGCCGGUGCCCGGAAAGGAAAUUCAAGCCGCGGGCACGGGUGCUGAGCAAGGCGGCCGCCGCCACGGGCUGGCUGGCCAGGAAGGUGCUCUCACGGCGCGGGCGGCUGACGGGGCUGACGGGGGGCAGCCGGGCGACCGACACGGCCUGGCUGUCCCGUAUCGGUGCCAGGAAGCUGCCGUUCCCUGCGGAAGACGAGAUCCUCAGGCACCGGGCCAACAUGAAGAGGAUCCCUGGCAGCAGCGGGCUGUUGGCCCCUGGCGCUGCGCGGCAGGGCAGCAUGGUGAGGCGUCCGUCCCGGCGGCGCUCCCAGCACGCGCCGGCGGAGCCGCCGGUGCCGCGCUACGGGUGGGCCGAGGAGGAGGACAGAGCCUUCAGCCGCCGGCGUGGCUACGGCAAGGAGGAGGACGCAGCCUACGGCUCCCGCCGUGGCUAUGCCAAGAAGAAAGAUGGAGCCUAUGGGUCCUGGCGUGGCCACCCCAAGGAGGAAGGUGGAGCCUACGGCCCCCAGCACGGCUACGCUGAGGAGGAUGGAGCCUAUGGCCCGUGGCACAGCUACACUGAUGAGGAAGAUGGAGCCUUCAGCCCCCAGCACGGCUACUCCGAGGAGGAAGAAGGCUACAUGCAAAGCCCAGCCUACCCGGCUGGGUACAGGUUUGAGGAUGCGGUGCCGACCCCCUAUGCUGACUACCCUGGCUAUGAAACAGAGGAGGAGGAGGAGUACGAUGCCUAUGGGGGGUUUUGGGAGGAGGGUGACCCACCGGGACAUCCCUAUGGCUACACAGAGCUCGAGGAUGAGGGGCCAUUUGGGGGUGGGUCUCCCCUUGGCCUCUACGACCCCUAUGGCAGCGACCUCGAGUAUGGAGAGGAGGCAGAGGGGCCCUUUGGCUACAGGGGGGACCCCUACGAGGACUUUGGGGAGCCCUUUGCUGGGGGCUACCCCGGCGGGGAGUACCCUGAGCAUCGCAUCCAGUACAGCGAGGGGGGGUGGGCACCGCACUCCCAGUCCUCCUGCAACCCCUAUGCCCUGGGGCUGGAGGAGAUCGCCGAGGGCGAGGAGCCGGAGGAGUGGGAGGAAGAGGAGGAGGAGGAGGAGAAGGACUACCCUUUCUCCAUCCUCAGCGCCUCCUCACUCCGGGGCAUGCGGGAGACUCUCUCCUCCAAGCUCUCCCUCAACAGGAAAUUCAGGCUCUUCCCCCGGCCCCAGGUCAAGCUUUUCGGCAGGGACCGCCUGGACGUUCCCCUCCCGCCGUCUCCCCACCUGCCCGCCGCCCGCGACGAGGACGACUACGACGAGUACGAGCCGCCGCGUCCCCCGGCAGCCCCCGGCCCCGCAGCAUCCCCUGCACGCCGGGUUUCGGCAGCGCGGGCGUGCGGGAGCCCUCUGGGGCAGUUCCUCCAGCGCUCCCUCUCGCAGCCUCAGAGCCACCCGCCGCGGGGUGCAGGGGGAUUGCGGGGGCCCCGCACCCCCCAGCCCUCCUACAGACGCUCCAGCCGCAGGCUGGCGGGGAUGGAGAGCGCCGGUUUGGGGAGCCGGGACCCUUCCCCGCCGGCGGGGCCCUGGGUGCAGCCCCCUCCCCGGGAGCCGGGGGCUGCGCGGCGGCCGUCGCUCCGCAACCCCUUCGCCAACCCCGGGCGCUCCCCAUCGCCACCGCCAGCCCGUCCUCGCCCCGGCAGCACACGGGGCGAGGGGUCGCUGCGAUCCCUCCGUGCCAGCCUCCGGCGCUUCAACCCCGAGCCCCCCGCUCCGCCGCCGGCCGCCCCCCGCUCACCGGGGCCCGCGGGGGGGAGGCGUUUAGGGGGCCCCGCGGCGGGGUCGGGGAGACCCCUGUCAACGCGGCGAAGCAGCCCCCCCGGGCUGCCGCUCCCCCAGGCCUGGCCACGGCUUCCCGAGCCCCCCACCAAGGCGGUGAAGCCGCUGCAGAGGACCCCCUUCCUGGCACCGUCCUCCCGCCCCGGCAGCCGUCGCCUCGGCCGCCCCGGCCCCUCCUGGGAUGAAGAACUGCCCCCCUGGCAGGGAGCCCCGCGGGGUCUCGCCGGGGUGCCUCCCCCGCCCAGCCCCGCUCCCAGCACCCCCAAAAGCUUCAUCCAGCGCAUCGGGCAGCCCCUUGCUGGGAUGGCCCCCCACACCCCGCCGGCCAGGCCGUCUGCGGAAGCAGGGGGGCACAGCCCCUCCUCGGGGCGCUCCGUGGGGCAGUCCCUCGCAUCGCUGCUGGUCAGGAGCAUGGCCUCCACCAAAGCCCCCCCAUCCUCACCACCCUCCCGCCACCCCUCCACCCGCUCGCCCUCCUUGCCCCGGCGCCCAUCCCGGCGGGACGGGAGCACCCGCAGGUCACCGAGCCCACCGUCGGGGCGCCGGGGCUGGGCCGACGCCGGGCACCCCGUCCCCCCCUCCAACCCGCGGGGCAACCGGAGCCCUUCACCGCAGCGUCGCGCCGCUUUCCCACCCCCACACGGACGAGCCCCCGGCUCCCCUGUCGGCCCCCGCCACGGCGCUCGGCCCCCGGAGCCGGCAGAGCCCGUCGAGGGCGAAGGGGCGGCCGGGGAGGAGGGUGCGGGGCGCUACGCGGUGGUGACGCCGCAGGUGCAGAGGUUGGGCUCCUUCCGGCGCGCGUCCCGCAUGUACAAGCAGCACUGGUCCACGCAGCACGUCGUGCGGGUGCGGGAGAUGCCCGACGCCUGGACGGCAGAGCAGGGCCCCCCCCAGCAGCCCACCCAGCGCGGCCGGCGGUGGGCGAGCCAGCGGAGAGCCGACAUCGCCCGAUACCUGAGCCAGCGCUCGCCGGGGGGCGGCUGGCGGGACAGGCACCCCUGGGCAGACGGGUACCUGGGCACCAAGCAGCCCUGGCGCACCAAGAUGCAGUCUCUGUGCAGCCUGCCCAUCGUGCGGUACCAGGAGCCACAGGAGGAGGACGGGCUGGAGGACAUGACCCAGCUGGAAGACCUCCAGGAGGCCGCAGUGCUGAACAACAUCCGGACACGGUUUGAGCGCCAGCUCAUCUAUACCUACAUCGGCAGCAUCCUGGUGUCAGUGAACCCGUACCGGCUCUACAACAUCUAUGGGACGGAGCAGGUGCUGCAGUACGAAGGCAGAGCCCUGGGGGAGAACCCACCGCACCUCUUUGCCAUCGCAAACGUCGCCUACUCCAAAGUGAUGGAUGCCAAACACAACCAGUGUAUCAUCAUCAGUGGGGAGAGUGGGUCAGGGAAGACCGAAGCCACCAAGCUGAUCCUGCGCUACCUGGCAGCCGUCAGCCAGAAACGCAGCACUGCCCCGCAGAUAGAGAUCCUGGAGGCGACCCCCUUGCUGGAAUCCUUCGGCAACGCCAAAACCGUGAGGAAUGACAAUUCCAGCAGGUUUGGGAAAUUUGUGGAAAUCUUUCUGGAAGACGGCUUGAUCUGCGGUGCCAUAACCUCGCAGUACCUGCUGGAGAAGUCCCGUGUAGUCUUCCAGGCCAAGAGUGAGCGCAACUACCACAUCUUCUACGAGAUGCUGGCAGGGCUGCCCGCCCAGCAGCGCCAGCGGUACUGCCUGCAGGGUGCCGAGACCUACUACUACCUGAACCAGGGUGGGAACUGCGAGAUUCCCGGCAAGGACGACGCGGAGGAUUUCCGCCGGCUGCUCAACACCAUGGAGGUGCUGAGCUUCAGCGUGGACGAGCAGAACAGCAUCUUCCGCAUCCUCUCCUCCGUCCUCCACCUGGGAAACGUCUACUUUGAGAAAUACGAGACCGACUGCCAGGAGGUGGCCACGGUGGUGAGUGCCACGGAGAUCCGGACGGUGGCUGAGCUGCUGCAGGUGUCCCCCGAGGGCCUGCAGAAAGCCAUCACCUUCAAGGUGACGGAAACGCUGCGGGAGAAGAUUUUUACCCCUCUCACUGUUGAAAGCGCCGUGGAUGCCAGGGAUGCCAUUGCCAAGACCCUCUACUCCCUGCUCUUUGGCUGGCUCACAGACCGCAUCAACAAGCUGGUGUACCCACGGCAGGAGGCCCUCUCCAUUGCCAUCCUGGACAUCUACGGCUUUGAGGACCUCAACUUCAACAGCUUCGAGCAGCUGUGCAUCAACUACGCCAACGAGUACCUGCAGUUCUUCUUCAACAAGAUCGUCUUCCAGGAGGAGCAGGAGGAGUAUCUCCGGGAGCAGAUUGAGUGGAAGGAGAUCCCCUUCAGCGACAACCAGCCCUGCAUCGACCUCAUCUCCCAGAAGCCCUACGGCAUCCUCCGGAUCCUGGAUGACCAGAGCUGCUUCCCCCAGGCCACCGACCACACGUUCCUCCAGAAGUGUCACUACCACCAUGGGACAAACCCGCUCUACACGAAGCCCAAGAUGCCACUGCCUGAGUUCACCAUCAAGCACUAUGCAGGGAAGGUGACCUACCAGGUUCACAAAUUUUUGGAUAAAAACUAUGACCAGGUCCGUCAGGAUGUGCUGGACCUGUUCAUCAGCAGCAAGACCAAGGUGGUGGCCAACCUCUUCUUUGGCCACGCCCAGGUGUUGGCCCGGCAGAGGAGCCUCAUCCGGAGGAGCAGCACCAGGACACGGCGGUACAAGGCUCCCACUGUGGCCGCCCGCUUCCAGCAGUCGCUCCUGGAGCUGGUGGAGAGGAUGGAGAGGUGCAACCCCUUCUUCGUGCGCUGCCUCAAACCCAACAACAAGAAGGAGCCAGGGCUCUUCGAGGCUGACGUGGUCAGCAGCCAGCUGCGCUACUCGGGCAUCCUGGAGACCAUCCGCAUCCGCAAGGAGGGCUUCCCCAUCCGCAUCCCCUUCCUCGUCUUCAUCGACAGGUACCGCUGCCUCGUCGACAUGUGGUCCAACAUCAUUCCCAAUGGAGCCAACUGCGUGGAGAUGCUGAGGAAUCUCUGCACCGUUAACCCCGGCAUGUACUACGUUGGCGUCACCAAGCUCUUCCUUAAGGAGCAGCUGUAUCAGGUACUGGAGAGCAAGCGAGCCCGUGCCCAUCACCUGGCCGCGCUCACGCUCCAGCGCUACGCUCGCACCUUCUUCAUCAAGCGGCGCUUCCGCUCCCUCCGCCGCAAGAUCGUCCUCCUGCAGACCCGGGCACGGGGAUACCUGGCCAGGCAGCGGUACCGGCGCAUGCGGCACACGCUCAUCAAGUUCAGGUCGCUGGUGCAUAUCUACGUGAACCGCCGGCGGUACCUCAAGAGGAAGGAGGAUGCUCGCCGGCGGGCUGAGGAGGAGAAGGAGAGGAUGAAGGAGGAGCUGACACGGAGGGAGGUGGUGGAUGUCACCCACCUGGAGAUCCCGGCCGAGCUGAUGGGACUGCUGGAGGCCGCUGCAGCCGCCCAGGAGGUGAACACCGGCUGCGUGGUCCUGGUGCCACCGCCAGCACUGCAGCCUGACUCCAAGCUCACCCUCCCGCUCGACAUCAACGACUACCCCAUGGCCAAGUACGUGCGGGGCCACUUCCAGGAACCGGCGUUCGGGAUGCUGACGGCCCCGCUGAAGGCCCCCCUCACCUGGCUGGACGAGGAGCUGUGCCACGAGGCACUCAGCAUCUUCCAGCUGAUCCUGCGGUUCAUGGGGGACCCGGGGCUGGGCGGCCUACAGGAGACCCUCUUCGGCAACUACAUCGUGCAGAAGGGGCUGUCGGUGCCAGGGCUGCGGGAUGAGCUCCUGGCACAAGCUGCCAACCAGGUCUGGCGGAACACCAACGUCAACAACGAGGAGCGGGGCUGGCUGCUGUUGGCCACCUGCCUCAGUGCCUUCCCCCCGUCCACCACCUUCGACAAGUACCUGCUCAAGUUUGUCUCUGACUAUGCCUUUGCUGGCUACAAGCCAGUGUGCCAGCGCAAGCUGAUGCAUGCCAUGGCCCAGUCCCAGCUGGGCACGGCAGCCGCCCGCACCUUCCCGCCCUCGCUGCUGGAGUGGACGGCAAACCGGCAGCAGGCCAGCAUGGCCCUUGACCUGCACUGCUUCAACGGUGACCAGUUCUCCUGCCCCAUCCACUCCUGGAGCACGGGUGAGGACCUGGCAGGGGAUGUCCUGAAGCACAGGGGGCUGGCAGAGGGCUGGCGUGGCUGGUCCGUGGCCAUGAAGGUGGGUGCCCAGUGGGCCGAGCUGGCUGGCCAUGACUAUGUCCUGGACCUCAUCUCCGACCUCGAGCUGCUCCGGGGCUUCCCCAGACAGAAAUCCUGCUUCCUCAUCGCAUGGGAUGGGACUGAGAGCCUCGGCAGGGACAGCCGGGUGGUGCUGGGACAUGGGUUGGAUUUGGAUGAGGUGCCUCCUCCUCCAGCUGUGAAAGCCCCCACGCUGCCCUCCACAGAGAUGUACCACCCCCAUGAUGGGGAAUUUGGGGAGCCACGCAGCCAGAAGGGUCUGGACCGGUACCUGGACAGCCUCUUCGAUCCAGUGCUCUCCUACGGCAAUGGGGAGCUGGAGAAGCCGGCCAUCCUCUCACAGAGGAUGAAGGGAGGAGGUGGCGUGGGAGGGGGGGACAGUGGCAGUGAUGCCAAUCGGAGUGGACCCCCUGUUCCUGCGGAGAUGCGUCAGCCGAGGGGCACAGAGCCAGCCCUGUCCCCGCAGAGCCGGCCAGAUGCCAACCAGCCACCUGGACUCCUGGGCAGAGCAGAGGAGGGGACACCACCUUGCACCCCCCAGCCCCGGCCCUACUCGCAGAAAGCCGCAGCCAUGGGGCGGCGGUGGCCGGGAGAGCUGGUGCGGCAUUCCCGGCUCAACUCGGAGCAUUUCCCACGGCCCACACACGACAUCCGGAACAUCAUCCGGCAGUGCCAGCCAGCCCUGCGCAGCUCCCAGGCCCCCAGUAAGCUUUUUGGGAAGAAGGUGGACCCCCACGAGGAAGCCAUGCAGAUCCUGAAGGAACAGCUCUCGGCAGCCCCGGUGCCAACGGCUGUGGGGCCCAAGGAGGUGGUGGCCACGGUGAAGCCGGUGCCCAGUGCCAGGUACCAGCUAAGAGCACCCACGGGGCGUCCAGCGGCCACCCGGCCCCCAGUCUCUGUCUCUCGGGAGCUCCCAUCUGAGGCACAGCAAGUCCAGACCCAGCUGCACCGGAGCUGCAGUGAGGACUUCUACACCUACCACAACGUGCCCUGGAAAAUAUUCAUCCGGAAGGAGGUUUUCUACCCUAAGGACAGCAUCAACAACCCACUGCUGCUCGACCUCAUCUUCAGGCAGAUCUUCAACGACGUGCUGUCUGACACCUGCAUCCGGAUCAGCCAGGAGGAGCGGCUCCAUUUGAAAUCCCUCUUUGCUGAAAACAAGCUGGACUCCUUCAGCCCUGUGGCCACCGAGAGCGUCAAGAGGGAGAUCGUCGCUGCGGCCCGGGAUGGCUGUGAGGUGUAUUUCUCCCGUCUCUUCCCUGCCACGGGCAGUGUGGGGACGGGUGUGCAGAUCCUGGCCGUGUCCCACGCCGGCAUCAAGCUGUUGCGGCUGGUGAAGGGCACCAACGUCCCCGGGGAGCAGCUGCGGGUGCUGCGGGCGUACAGCUACGCCGACGUGCUCUUCGUGACCACCCCAUCCAGGAACAUGCUGGAGUUCAACCUGCGCAGCGAGAAGCUCAUCCUCUUCUCCCCCAAAGCCCCCCAGGUCAAGGUCAUGGUCGACCACUUCAUCACAGAGCUCAGGAAGGACUCCCAGUAUGUGGUGGCUGUCAGGAACUACAGCCCAGAGGAUGGGGGACAGCUCAGCUUCCACAAAGGGGACAUCAUCCACCUCCAGUCGCUGGAGCAUCCUGAGAGAGACUACUACUAUGGCUGUGUGGUCCGCAAGAAGGUGAUGUACCUGGAGGAGCUGAAGACAGGCACCCAGGACUUCGGGUGGAAGUUCGGGGCCAUCCAUGGCAGGCCAGGGCUCUUCCCUGCCGAAUAUGUCCAGCCCGUCGCAGCGCCUGACUUUGUCCAUUUGCCUGCGGAGAGGAAGGAGGAGCCCAGGGACAAGCAGGGCAGGGUGGCAGCUUCGGCGGCCGUGGCCGUGGCCGUGGCCUCCACUGCUGCCGCCCAGGAGCUGGACCGGAAGGCCGAGGUGUCCCCGGCCAGUGCCACCUUUGCGGAGGGUCUGGAGGGAGACGGUGUCGAGCAGCUCAGGGAUGUCACAGGGACCUGCCCCAUGCUGGCCUUUGCCCAGCGGCAUUUCCGUGCGGCACGACAUGGGACCAUGGAUUCCUGUGGGACAAAGGCCAGGAGGGAUGUGCCCAGUGUGCUGGAGAUGCUGACGUUCACCAAGAUCCCCAUUCAGGAGUCACUCAUCGAAUUUGUGGAUGGUGGCAUCAACAAACUGGCUGCUGAGGCUUUCCAAGCUGUGAUGAAGUUCAUGGGCGACCACCCUCUGCGGGGGCAGACGGAGCUGGACGCUGUCUGCACCAUCCUCAAGCUCUGCGCGGAGCACGAGGUCCUGCGGGAUGAGGUGUAUUGCCAGAUCAUCAAGCAGAUCACCAACAACACCAGCUCCAAGACGGACAGCUGCCAGAAGGGCUGGAGGCUGCUCUACAUCCUCGCUGCCUACUACAAGUGCUCCGAGGUGCUCCGGCCCUUUCUCCUGGCCUUCCUGCAGGACGCUAGCAGGCACCCGGAGCUGCCCUUCCAUGGCAUCGCCAAAGCCUGCGAGCAGAACCUGCGGAAAACCCUGCAGUUCGGCGGCCGCAGCAUCUUCCCCAGCAGCAUGGAGCUCAAGGCCAUGGUGGCCGGACGCAGCGCCAAGCGGCAGCUCUUCCUCCUGCCCGGUGGCAUCGAGAGGCACCUCAAGAUCAAGACGUGCUCGGUGGCUCUGGAUGUGAUCGAGGAGCUGUGCUGUGAGAUGGGGCUGCAGCAUCCAGAGGCUUUGGAGGAGUACAUCCUCUUCGUGGUGACCAACAGAGGGCAGAGUGUGCGGCCACUGACCCGCCGGGAAUAUGUCCUGGAUGUGGCUGCUGAGACGGAGCGCCGGGACACCAGCUACACCUUCUGGUGCCGCCGCGUGGUCUGGAGCCAGCCCCUCAAGUUCGACAACGAGCUCUACGUCACCGUCCACUACAACCAGGUGCUCCCUGACUACCUCAAGGGGCUGUUCACCGUCCUGCCACCCUCGAGGCCGGGAGAGCAGCACUUCCCACACGUGGCCAAGCUGGCUGCCCUCCAGCACCGAGCCAAGGACCACCACCACCUCCCCACUGCGCGGGAGAUGCAGGACUACGUCCCCCCACAGCUCUUCUGCCUGCUGAAGCCCCAGUCCUGGCUGCAGAUGGUGACCCAGCACGUCCAGCAAGCCAAGGCCCUCAGCGCCCACCAGGCCAGGGCACAGUUCCUGGGGUUGCUGAGUGCCUACCCCAUGUUUGGCUCAUCCUUCUUCUACAUCCAGAGCUGCAGCAACAACGCCAUCGUCUCGCCCUGCAUCCUGGCCGUCAACCAGAACGGCCUCAACUUCCUCAGCAAGGAGACCCACGAACCCAUCGCCAAGUUCUCGCUGAACGAGAUCCAGUCCACGCGGACGCAGCGGCCGACGGCCGGAUCCAGCUAUCCCUACGUGGAGAUCACGCUGGGAGACCUCCUGGCCCAGGGCAUCACCCAGCUGCAGCUGGAGCAGGGCCUGGAGCUGUGCCGGGUGGUGGCCGUGCACAUGGAGAGGCUGCUGGGCGCCCGGGAGAAGCGGCUGACGCUGCCGCCCAGCGAGAUCACCCUGCUCUGAGCCCGCCGCGGCAC